AUGGCCGACGAUCAGACUUCGGCCGCCAUCAAGGACGAGGAGUUCGAGCAGAAGAAGCAGGCUACCUCGUCGAUCAAGUCUUUCCUUUCGGGCGGAUUCGGUGGUGUUUGCUCGGUGCUUGUCGGACACCCCUUCGAUCUUACCAAGACCCGUCUGCAAACUGCAGCUGACGGCACAUAUACUGGCGGUUUGGACGUAGUCAAGAAGACCAUCAAGGCAGAUGGUAUCAAGGGAAUGUAUCGUGGUAUGGGACCACCCUUGAUCGGUGUGACGCCCAUCUUUGCGCUUUCCUUCUGGUCGUACGAUAUGGGUAAGAAACUGGUGUACGCCAUGACUCCCAGCCGUACCGAUCCCAAGCUCUCGAUCCCUGAGCUUGCCUUUGCCGGUUUCUUCAGUGCGAUUCCUACCACUCUGGUCGCGGGACCAGCAGAACGUGUCAAGGUGCUAUUGCAAUUGCAAGGUCAGAGCGGCAGCACCGGUCCCACGUACAACGGCCCUGUGGAUGUAGUGCGACAGCUGUACAAGGAAGGCGGUCUCAAGUCGAUCUUCCGCGGCACUGGUGCCACCCUCGCCCGUGACGGUCCAGGCUCGGCUGCUUACUUUUGCGCCUACGAGGCCUCGAAGCGUAUGUUGACGCCCGCAGGACAGGAUCCUCAACAGCUCAACUUCCUCAAUGUGCUCACGGCAGGUGGUCUGGCAGGUAUGGCCAUGUGGGCACUUGCAAUUCCUCCCGAUGUCAUCAAGUCGCGCUACCAGGGCGCUCCGCACGGCACGUACAGCGGUUUCCUCGACUGUGCACGAAAGACGGUUGCCAAGGACGGCGUCAAGGCGCUCUUCAAGGGCUUUGGUCCUGCCAUGGCUCGUGCCUUCCCUGCCAACGCAGCUACUUUCCUCGGUGUCGAGGUUUCGCUGCAAGCCAUGAACAAGGUUUUCUAA